AUGACCGCAAUCGGGGAGCGACCGGUCAGCGUGACCUGGGCGCUUUGCAUAGCGUUCGAACGGCCGUUGCAUUUCAGCGUCAUUACGCUUCUCAUCGUUGGAUUGGGCGUCAAGCGAUUCAGGCCAGGAGCGAAGCCGUUCGAGAAGACUCUCGUACCGGCCCUGAACCGCUACUACCAGCCGCGGUCGUCUCUCUUGCGCACGGCAUUCUUUUGGUACAGCAUCCGCACGACGCAAUGCGCAUGUCCUGGUAUCGAGGCCUUCUUGCCCAUAUUCGCACACAUGUGCGUGACCAUGCUCCAGUAUGACAAGUCGGCGGAGCUUGAAGCGAGACAAACCACGCAGAAUGGCCUCUCUUUACCACCGAUCCUGGCCUAUGUCCUGUCGUCUUUCAGCUCGCUCGUGUGGGCUCUGGCUUCGAUAUUCGCCCUGUCAAAUGCGCGCGUAUCGACGGGCACGGUCUGUUCGAGCGAACUGGCGACAUUUUACGCCCAACUCUGCAUGUGCGCCCUCGACGCCGUCAUUCUCACACUCAUCGCCCGCAUGCGCAGCCGCGAAACCGAAAGCGAUAGCGAUGCCACCGAUAACUUAGCCACAGCCUUCAUAUUCGCGGGGAUCUGCGGGAUAGUCUUGGCUGUGCCGUCGUGGCUUAGCGACUCGGGCUUCUUCUUGGCCUUUAGGAUUGGGCUUGGCGACCUUGUCCGUCUGCUGGUUGACUCGACGGUCGCUGCGCUCGGGGUUCUUUGUGGAAUCUCGAUGCUGCGAGACUUCAGCCCUACGACCGUGGCGCUGUUGGUCUCCGAGGUAGGCUUGUUUGGCUUCCUCGUCCCGCGCUUCCGCUUCGCCACGCCGCUGUCACACGAUGCCGAAAUCCAGGUUGGCCAAGGUGCCCUUCUGGCUGCUGUCUUCGCCGCCGUCCUCUGGCGAAUCGCUGUGCCCGCCUCGCAUUCUCCCCACUCGCACGCAGCCGGCACGGGGCUCAAAUGGCUCUUCAACUGCCAUGUUGGCGCGGUCGUCUUAACCGUCCUCUGCGCCACGCUUACCCCGAGCAGGCCAACUGGCCAGCCGCUGUUCGAAGCCGUGGAGCAGCUCGUUGCAUCUGCAAAGACGGCCAAAGAGGCAUGGCUACUACAGGCCGGAGCCAGCAAGUCUCUCGGCUCCGCGGUGGCAGAGUACAAACGCCGGUAUAACAUGGUGCCGCCGCCCAACUUUGACAAGUGGUACGAGUUUGCCACCCGGGCCGGAUCGCCCGUCAUGGACGACUUUGACCAGAUAUACAACGACGUCCUGCCGUUUUGGGGCGUCGAGCCAGCCGUGUUGCGCGGGAGGACGGCGCACUUGCUCGAGCACCCGACGCUGGAAAUGGGCGGCAUGAGGAUCCAGGGGGGCAAGGUGUAUCAGUCACCGCACAUCCCGGGGACGCACCGAUGGAUGGCCGAGGCGCUGGAGAGGAUGAUUGAGCCGUUUGCAAAGUGGCUGCCGGACAUGGUGCUGGCCAUAAAUCUGGCUGACGAGUGUCGCGUUGCGGUACCGUUCGAGGAGAUGCAAUACCUCAAGGCUCGGGCCAAGGCCACGACGUCUCGCCUAUCGCAAGCAUCCACGGAAAAGUCCCUGGUUCCCGAUACGCUGCUAGAGAAGUCAGCUGUCCGAAAAUGGGCUUCCGACUUUCCCGAGCCGACGACGCGCCGAACUCGUCCUGGCUCAUUGACUUCCCCCUACUUUACCAACAACAUCCGCAAGCAAAUAUUCUACGACUGGCUCGCUGCGACUUGUCCGCCGACGUCACCGGCUCGCAACACACACUGGUGGGACUGGAGCACGCUCUGCACGUCCUGUCUCGCGCCUCACUCCCUCCCCGUCACAAUCGCCGAACCCCCCGGCUCUGCCUCUAGGUCCGGCCUCAUCUUAUCCAACGCAACCCUCGCCCGCGAUCCAUGCCACCAGCCCGACCUCGCAUACCUCGACGGCUUCACUCUGUCCCCCGCCGCCAUGGUCAGUACGCGCACGCUCUUUCCCGUCUUCAGCCAGGCGCGCGUGGGCGGCUUCGCAGACCUGCUGAUUCCCUCACCUUGGGACUUUGCCGACAAGAGCCCGUACAAGCCAGACGAGGAUAGGGAGUGGGAGGCUAAAGAGAAUGGGCUAUACUGGCGCGGGACGGGGAGCGAUGGGUUUGCGGCGCAUGGGGCUUGGGCCGGGUUUUUGCGCGCCAGACUCGUGCACGAGGCGUACGAGCAGCAACAUCGACUAGAGCUCUCGCCGUCGAGCGACCUGCGUGUGAACGUCUCCUUUGUGGGAGAUAUCUCUAAAUGCGACGCGGGAGACUGCGCAACGCAGCUUGCUACGUUCUCACGCUGGGGCACCGCAGUCUCUUCCAACACCUCAUCACUCCAAGGGGCGCCGACACCCGACGACAUCCCCACGAAGUUGCCUUCCGCCUUGCCGUUCGAGGAGAACUGGCGCUUCCGCCACCUCAUGGACAUGGACGGCGCGGGCUUUAGCGGGCGUUUCCGAUCAUUUCUGCAAAGCUGCAGCUUGCCAUACCGCGCCGCCCUGUUCCACGCGUGGUACGACGAGCGAGUCUUUUCGUGGGUCGAUUACGUCCCGGUAGACGUGCGGCUAGGCGACGGGUUCUGGGGCGUGCUCAAGUAUCUGGCAGGCGUUCUUGAUCAGGACAACGAGAUCGGAGACAAAGCGGGAGCCGGUCAGGGGCCGCGAACGGCACGAAAGAUUGCCGAACAGGGGCGGGACUGGGCGUCCAAGGCUCUCCGCAAGGAGGACAUGCAGGUGUACCUCUUCCGGCUGUUGCUGGAAUGGGGCCGAGUCGUGAGCGACGACCGGGAGACGAUGAUGUAUGAUGACGCCGAGACGACACGGCCGUGA